AUGGAGCGACCACGCCCACACAACCCGUUCCCUCCAAACGGCCCCGCGUUGACUGCGACGAGCCCAUUACGCCCACCCAAAGCGCUAGCGCCUCGCGAUCAUCCUCCCCGCAGCGUCAAAUCACCCAGCUCCAAACCGCACACCCGCCCAUAUUCCUCCACCCACUGGCUGCGGCGGGCGAAUGCGUUCCUGCGGCUGUUGCGCCACGUAUUCGGACACUACAGGAACCGUCUCCGGCAUCGGCUGGAAACAGAAUACAUUCCGGCUUGUGUGAGGGAUGCGCUGGAGCGGGAUCCGACGUACAAGGCGUCGCUGCUGUUCGAUCCGAUUGAGGAUGCGGCAUAUUAUGAUGACGAAGAGGAGGAGGAUGCGGAUGCCGCGCUGGCGCUAGAUCGCGUCAAAGCCGUGUUUCAGGGGACCCAUCCGUGCAAGGAGCACACCAUGGAUGAGAACGCGUGGUGCUUGCAUGUUAUGACGCCGCUGCUCCAACUAGCUAUCAUCUUGUACGGGCGUGGACGAUUCCGGCAGGAAAGCGUCCCACCUAUCUCUCCACCACCGUCCCCCACCGCUCCAAGCCCACCCCCAUCUUCCGCAAAACCGAUUUCUGCCUCUCCUACUCACACCUCCGCCCCAUACGCUAUUGUCCUUCGACUUAUUGUCCUGGGGCUGGGUGUCCAUCAGUGUGGCUGCGACUUCCGGUGA